GGAAAGAGCGGCUCAGCGACAGAGAGACUGAGAGAGCUACAACACCAAACCCUCAACACCUGCCAGUACUUGACGGAAGCCUUAGACGAAAAAAGUCAGUUUGUUAAGGAAUAUUCCUGGGAUAUGUAUACGCGAACAAACUUCAAAAUGAAAAUUUGACACUCUUAGUCACCCCGGACAAGCUCUCGUUACUGUUUGACGAAAUUUAAUGCAGUUCUCUGGGAACUUUCGCAAACUAUGCUUUGCUCUUCAGCAGGUUUUCAUACAGCAUAAUAACGUUUGUCAAAAGAAAACAAAAAUAAAUUCGGUCGUUAUUUGAAGGGAUUUCUGUAGCUCAAGUAAUAGCUUACCGUAGGUAUUGGACAUCCGUACAGCGCCACGAUAUGUAACAUCUUCAACCGCCGCAGUUUUCAGGAGUUAUCCUACCUGCUUUUCAAACAUGCCGUCCUCUCCUCUGAAUUAAAGAGCUGUUGACAGGUCGAAAUGUGCAAGCACCAAAGAAGAGCCUGGGAGCGAGUGAAUGACUUUUAAUUGUCUCAGAAGGUUACCUCGGCUGUCAUCGCUAUGGAGACGACACAGGCCCUCCUCCUCUUGAGUUUAUGUGUCUACGGUUGUCAUGGCAACCCCCGCUCUACGCCGAGAGUGCAUUUGUCUUUCAAAGAGCUGUUGGAGACCAAGACGAUCCGUCCGUUCAGUUUCUCGUUCAACACCAGUGACUACCGCAUCCUGCACAUGGAUCAGGACCAGGGCCGUCUCUACCUGGGCAGCCGGGAGUACGUGGUGGCUCUGGACAUGCAGAACAUCAACAAGGAGCCGCUCAUUAUUCACUGGCCUGCCACAACUCAGAGGAAAGGAGAGUGCAGGCUAACAGGAAAAGGUGGACAGGGCGAGUGUGCCAACUUCAUUCGUCUGAUUGAGCCAUGGAACCGCACGCACCUGUAUGCUUGUGGCACAGGCGCCUACCGGCCAAUGUGCACCUUCAUCAACCGCGGCUGGAGAGCGGAGGAGUACCUGUUCCGACUGGUCCCUGGAUAUGCGGACUCGGGCAAAGGGAAGUGUCCCUACGACCCCCGUCAGGAGAGCGCUGUGGCCCUCAUCAAUGGAAAUCUGUAUGCAGGAGUCCAUGUGGACUUCAUGGGCACGGACCCCGCCAUCUUCCGUACCCUGGGAGACCGGCCAGCUGUCAGGACAGAGCAAUACGACUCCAGGUGGCUCAAUGACCCGGUGUUUGUGCGGAUCCAGAAGAUUCCGGAUAGUGCCGAGAGAAAUGACGACAAGCUCUAUUUCUUCUUCCGGGAGAAAAGCCUGGAUGCUGCAGGAGGGGGCAGCCCGAGUGUCCUGUCGCGGGUCGGACGUGUCUGCCUGAACGAUGAUGGAGGCCAACGAUCACUAGUGAACAAAUGGACAACCUUCCUGAAGGCUCGUCUGGUGUGCUCUGUGAUCGGCAGCGACGGAGUGGAGACUUACUUUGACGAGCUACGGGACGUGUUCAUUCUGCCCACUCAGGACGAGCGAAACCCUGUAGUGUAUGCUGUCUUCUCCACGGCCGGGUCAGUGUUCAAAGGCUCUGCAGUGUGUGUGUACUCCAUGGCGGACAUCCGCAAUGUCUUCAAUGGGCCCUUCUCCCACAAGCACGGCCACAACUACCAGUGGACACCCUACACGGGCAAGAUCCCCUACCCACGGCCCGGAACGUGUCCUGGAGGGACCUUCACACCCGGUGUCCGCACCACAAAGGAGUUCUCAGACGAGGCGGUGAACUUUGUCCGUGCGCAUCCUCUCAUGUACCACCCCAUCUACCCUCUCCACAAGCGCCCCCUGGUGGUGCGCACAGGCGUCGACUACCGCUUCACCACUAUCGCCGUGGACCUCGUGGACGCAUCUGACGGCCGCUACGAGGUGCUCUUCCUCGGGACAGACCUGGGAACCGUCCAGAAGGUGAUAGUCCUUCCCAGAGACCUGAGCUCUACGGAGGAACUCAUUCUGGAAGAGGUGGAGGUGUUCAGGACUACCGCUCCAGUUAAAACAAUGAGGAUUUCUUCAAAAAGGCAACAGCUGUACGUGUCGUCUGAGCGGGGCCUGACCCAGGUGUCCCUGCAUAGAUGCGACGUCUACGGAAAGGCGUGCUCGGACUGCUGCCUGGCGCGAGACCCCUACUGUGCCUGGGACGGCGAGAGCUGUGCCCCCUUCACACCCGCCACCAAAAGGAGAAGCAGGAGACAGGACAUCAAGCAUGGAGACCCCCUGCGGCAGUGUAGAGGGUUCAAUGCCAAAGUAGAGAAGAGGCUAAGGGAGACGGUGCAGUUUGGGGUCGAGGGUAGCAGCACCUUUCUGGAGUGUCAGCCCAGGUCGCCUCAGGCCUCCCUCAAAUGGCUCUACCAGAAGGAUGGCAGGCGGAAAGCGCUGAACCGUGACAGGGAGGUGCUGAGGACAGGCCACGGCAUCCUGCUGAAGUCCCUGUCUCAGUCGGACGCCGGCCUCUACCACUGCCUGGCCACCGAGAACAACUUCAAGCACACGGUUGCCCGCAUCUCCCUCCGCAUCUUGGACCGUGAGAUUGUGGAGGCCCUGACCGCACCUGACAUCCCUGACGUGUCCCUGCCGGACCACGGCCACAACCCCCACCACCACCGCCACCAGCAGCAGCAGCAACAGCAGCAGCACCACGACCAUCCGCAGCAGGACCGACGACUCCCACCUCCACCCCCUCCGCCCCAGACGCGCCCUCCCAAGCUGCCCUCGCAGCCAGAGGUGCGCCUCAUAAACCAGUACUGCAAGUCCUACUGGCAGCAGGGCGCCGGAGCGGGCAAUGCGGCUGGGGGUGGCGGCCGCUCGCAGAAGCCCAAGCGCACCAAUCGGAGACACACAGAUGAAACUGACGACCAGGAAACCCAAGACCACUAACACCUACCCCACACCCUCCAGCCCUGCUAUCCUGUAUCACAGACACUGCACAAA